AUGCGAAGAGGUCAAGUAGUGCGACGGACUAGAAGUCAAACCGGAUCUCUUCGAGACCAACAGGCAAAUCACAACCAACAACAGCGACCAGGACGUCGCCGCAGAGCAAGCCAGUCAACCGUACAACUAGCUGAGUCCACCGAGCAGGUUCACCCAGUAGAGGCAUCAGCAAUUCCAUUACGUCGAUCUGCGCGCCUUAACCCAGGAUCAGCCCAGUCACUCGCAAACAGAGCAGUCGAGGCCGAAGCAAGCAGACUUCAAAGUCGGCGGCGAAUCCGCCCUCGUGAAACUCGUAACACUCGUAACUCGACUCACACCCUAGAUCACAUCGACCCUCCUGCCCCCACAAUCAUCGACGAAGAAGAAAUGGCAGGACGUUUCAAUAACACCCACUCCCUCGACGGGUCUGGAAGAAGCUAUUCUCUUCAAGUUGCCGUUCAACCACCAAGAGUUGCCCGGGCUGGUGCACCCCUGUAUCCGCCUUUGGCGAUACGGGUUCACAUCUGUGAUGCAGAAACUGGAGAGGAAAUAAGUGGAGAAGAUGAAUUAAGCAAUCUUUUCGCUCAGGCCACUCUUUAUGGUGAGAACAUCAAUUCGCCACCAUUAGCGCCACCCGACAUGUUUCUUCUUUCCGGACGACUUUCAAUGUCUUUGGACCUAUUGAAUGAUGCUCCUGGAGAGUCCGAUGAAGAUGCCGCUCCCCUCAGUCGGCAGCAGGGUAGUUACGUCAUUUUCCCUGAUCUGGUUAUAAACCGAACCGGACAUUAUCGCUUGGGUGUCAGCCUCUUCAAAGUUGGAGGGAGUAGACGUGGCAGAUCCUCCGAAGACCCUCAUGGAGGCGGGACAUCCUUAGAGGAAGCAAAGAGCGAUGUAAUCAUCGUGCAAGAAGACUCUGUACCCGUUGAAAUAGAUCCCGAAGAGCAACAAUUUUUGGAGCAUAUCAGAGAUCGUGGCAUUAUGGUCCCGUCGCCACCUUCGAGAUAG